AUGCAGUCAGCCGCCUCAUUUAAGGCUUUUCUGUUGAAAAACAGCACAGAAAGCAACCUGAACAUCUAUGACCACCUCACCCAGCUCCUGAUGAAGGUGAUGGAUGAGCGUCCACACAAUGCAGUGGAUGUGAUUGAGGAUAUGAGCCGUGAUGUAAAGAGAGAAUUAUUUCAAGACACGCAAAGCACUCUGCGAGACCUUCCACAGACUACAGAUGCUGAGCUGCUGGCUGAGCAGCAGUGCCUGCUGUUUUCUCGGCAAGAAGACACGGACCAGGAGGAGGAACUGGCUGAAACACCUCUUCCAAAUGUGAGUGAGAUUGGUUUCUACCUGGAGCAGGCUGGAGUGGGACUGGGCAGAGAGGAGAUGCAGCGCAUCUUCCUUGCACUCAAACGGCUUGUUGAAACCCAGGCACUGCCACGCUGCCGACUGUGGGGCAAGAUUCUGGGAACAGGCAGCAACUAUAUUGUUGCUGAAGCUGAGUACAGAGAGGGGGAGGAAGAUGAAGAGCAGAUCACUGAUGAAGCACCUGAAGAAGAGGGUAGGGAGGCUGAGACUCAGGAUAGUGAGAUGGAUCCACCUCCUCAGUCAACCUAUAAACCCCCGCUAAUGGUACCACAGGAGGCCAUUGGAACAGGUGCAAACAAGUUUGUUUACUAUGUGUGCAACGAGCCUGGUCUUCCCUGGGUAAAGCUUCCUUCAGUUAGUCCAGCACAGAUCACCGUUGCUCGGCAGAUCCGUAAAUUCUUCACUGGUAGGCUAGACACUCCAGUUGUAAGCUACCCGCCUUUCCCUGGGAAUGAAGCCAACUAUUUGAGAGCACAGAUCGCUCGGAUCUCUGCCGGCACACAGGUAAGCCCUCUGGGUUUCUAUCAGGCUCGGGAGGAAGAAGGUGAUGAGGAAGAUGAGGCACCUCAGGACAGCUACGAAGUGAAUCCUGACUUUGAGGGCAUUCCUGUCACUGAAAUGGCUGAGUCCUUGUCUUUUUGGGUGCAUCAUGUUCAACACAUUCUGCAGCAGGGCCGCUGUACUUGGGUGAACCUGGCUGUGAAACCUGAGGAGGAAUCCUAUGAGGAAGGAGAGGCUGAUGAGAAAGAAGAGGAGCCUGAUGAGCCUGAGCCAGAAGUUGGACCCCCACUGCUCACCCCCCUCUCCGAAGAUGCAGAAAUGUUCGGCACCCCUCCCUGGAGCUCUAGGCUGUCCUCUACUCUCACCCCACAGCAUGCAGUGGCUGUGUUGCGCUCAAACCUCUGGCCAGGGGCAUUUGCAUAUGCUUGUGGAAAGAAGUUUGAAAACAUAUAUGUUGGAUGGGGUAUGAAGUAUGCAGGAGAAGGGUACAGCCCACCUGUACCCCCACUACCACAGAAAGAAUAUCUCAGCGGAGCAAACGUCACAGAGACCCUGGACCCAUCGCUGGAGGAGGAGCAGGUGCUGCAAGAAGCUUUAGAGGAGCAGCAAGCUGCCCAGGAGGAGAUGGAGGAGACAGAGGACGAGGAGGAGGAAGAUGAUGACUGAGAAAGCAGUUAGAUAAUUUACAUUUAAAUUUAAAUAGUAUUUAUUUGUAAGUCUGUGGCCAAAUAAACCGGUUUACUCAGCAA